UACAUUAUUGUUGUCUUCUAAACAGGAUGCACCUGGAGGAGUUCAGCUGGCCACUGCGGGGGCUGCAGCUUCGGUGUGGUUGCCAGCAGAGAUGUAUAAAAACAUCCCUGUCCAAGACCAGAGGUGGAUUUCAAACGCCAUCUUCCACUCUGGCAAACUGCGGCAAGACCUGAAGCUGUGGUACGAGCCCCCUGCCCCAGCCCUCAUCUACCACCAGACACCGACACCAGACCGCUUCUUAAACCACAGGCUGAUGGUGUGGAUGCCCUACCACCUGUGGAAGGUGAGGGUAACCUGCCCUGAGUGUGGGAAGCAGCUGACGGGGUACGGUGUCCACGAGAGGGCUCGGAAGGUCCUGGACAUCGACAGGUAUUACCUGAUGGUGACAGAGACACUCGGGUGCACUGUGUGUUCUGUGAACUACCUGUCCACCUCCGAGACUGUCCGGAAUCAGCUGGACCUGCCGCACCAGAAAAUGUUCCGGAUGAUCCUGACCCGCCAGUACGCCCGUGACAUCCGUGUCAUUCGCCUGCUGCGUGACCGGACUCUCGGGAACAGUCCAGCACGUCUGGUGAAGCAGCUGAAGGAGAACCAUGGGGAGGAAUGGCUGAACAGGUUGGCACACUAUCUUGGGGAGUGUGCUGAGUUUGUUGGCCGGCCAAGCCUCUUCCCAGUGGUGUGCCAGGAUCCCCCAGAGCCCAUUGAUGUGCCCACCAGUCGCUGGCUGCUGACGGUCUAUGGCAGGGACAUCCUCUCUCGCCUGGACCAUAUUAAAGCCAGCAUCACAUCAACGUUUGGCUCCAUCUUAAAGAUGGACUCAACCAAACAGAUCACAAAGAAGCUGGCUGGCCAUGCCAAGGGGACUGGUCUCUGGGUCACCUCCAUUGGGAACGAGGUUGGCCAGAUCGUGACCAGUGUGGUGACAGUGCAGGAGGGGCCAGGACUGGACAGGAUGGUGGCAGGAGUGAUGGAGCGGUACCGCCUUGCAGCUGUCGCACCCCCACUGCUGCUGUAUGUGGACUGUAACUGCUGCAUCAGUGAGGGGUCCACCACGCUGCAGAACAGGUUUGGGGAGUGGCCAGACCUCCAAAUACGGCUGGACAUCUGGCACUUCAUGCGGAGGCUGGCUGUUGGGUGUACCACCGACGCCCAUCCCCUCUACCCCACCUUCAUGAGCUGCCUCUCUGCCUGCAUUUUUGAGUGGGAUGCAGGGGACCUCUCUCUGUUGCAUCAGGCAAAGAGAGAGCAGCUCAGGCAGGAAGGUGUGCCAGCCAUUACUGAUGCUGCGGUGGAUGCCGGGAUCAGUAAGAGGGAGCUGAGUCAGUACUGCCGCAGGAGGACGCGCGGCGUGGAGGCCACCAUCAGCCUCAUUGGGCGGCUGCUGCAGCAACUGGGCGGGACCAAUGGGAAUGACCUAAUGGGGGUGCCACUGCUGGACCAGGUGCGCAUGGAGCACAUCUGGCGUGUGCAGCAACGCCACGUCAGCUGCAUCCAGGACCUGCCUGGUGUGCAGCUCUACACCGAGACCGGCACCAUCAGGAAGGGAGGUGUGGUCCUCACCAGCUACCGCUGUGCCAGGGGGUCCACAUCCCUGGAGUCCUUCCACUGCCACCUGAACAGGUUCAUUCCAGGUUGGUGUCUCCCUUAUGUAUAUAAGCAGUCACUAUGA